AGCUCUAUUGCGAAAUUUGAGUUUGUUUUUUCUUUAUUUGUUUACAUUUAUGCACAGUAUUGAAGCGGUACGAUGAAAACCCCUGGCGCCGGCAAUCCCGACGAGCUGAACAAGUCAUCGCACAGCAAGGUCAGCAAGAAGUCCACCAAGUCGCGUUCCAAGACAGCGAAACUGGAGCUGACUGGCAAGAAUUCCCUCCCCGCAUCCGCAUCUGGUUCUUCCGCCUCCGCUGUGGGCGGGGGCGUGUCACUGGGCAGUCUGCCAGCCACGCCCACCCACCUGAACAUGGUGACAACGCCGACGACGCCGACUUCCAGUAUGGGCAACUAUAACAUGUUUGAUGCCUCAUUUGCGGUGGCAGGAGGCGGUGGCCAUGUAAUUGCAGGCGGAAUUGCAGGAGCAGAAGCCUCUGGAAACUCCAGUCGAAUGGGUCAUCAGAAAAGCUAUGCCGGCUUUGAUCCCCGCAGCAUUAAGAUCUUUUGGGAACAGCACGACCAGACGGAUGUGGAACUGUCCCAGGACGUGUGCGCCCAGCUGGCGGAGGAUGCCUCCUACAAAGUCUGGGAGCUGAUCAAUAACGUGAAAAUCUACUCCCGCCACUCGGGCGGAGUGGUUACCUACGAUCUGGUGAACGAGGUGCUCAAGGAUGCUGACGUGCCGCCCAUGCUGGGUGCCAUGGACAGCGACUGGGAUCGCAUCGACUACGACGGCAGCUUUUACUUCCACUCGGACAAGAUCUUCGAGCUGAGCGCCGAGUUUCAGAAGGAAAUCAAUCUCUGCUCUCCCGACGAUGCAGACUUUCAGAGCAUUUGUCCCGUGGAGGACAGGCACACGGAUCAGCUGCGGCAGUGCGUUCAGAGCCUGGUGACGGCUGCCCUCUUUGCGGACAGCAAAUCGCAGUCGGCUGCCUUAUGCCACGCCUUCCAGACGCCCCUGAUGGGCUCUAUCUACCGCGUUAUUGUGAGCAAGAUGGUCCAACUGCUGGCCUUCAAGCAGCAGGAUCAGUUGAGUCAGCGGUGCUGGCGAUUGCUCCGUGCCUGCAACUACAACCCCACUGCCAAUCACAAUGCCUGCCGUCCGGAGUAUUUCAAUCUCGCGGAGGUGCUUGUCAGCCAGCUGAUGGCGCCCUACGAGACCAUCAAGGCUCCACCCGAGGACCCAGAUCCUGGUCAACCGGCCAGCAUCAAAAUGGAGUUCGAGGAGCAAAUGAAGAUUGAGCCGGAGCAGGGUUCCAUUACAGAUAAUCCGGAAGUCAUGGAGGUAGAUAAGCAGGAACAGGAUCAGGAUCCGCAGAUGUUCCCGAGUGAAAACACCGUGGAACACACCAUCUACAAGCUGCAAACGGAGGAGGAGGAGCGGGAUCCGCAGCCGGAGACGGAACAUCUUUCCACCUACUUUGCCACUCCAGUGGGCAACGCCCUGGUAGAUGAGCUGUGUGAAACCAUCGGACAGUUGGCAUCCCAGAGUGGCUACCUGCAGUCAGAGUGCCUCUUCCUGAUCAAAAGACGUCUGGCGAGAUUCUUCGAGGGUCGCGAUGUUUGCAGUGAGAGGGACUUCAAAUACAUCAGCAGGGCAGUGAGAGGGUUAAUCGCCCUGGGGGAGUAUGCCUUCCGGGAGUUUAUUCCCUACAUCUACAAACUACGCGUCGAGGAAAUACCGGACAGUCUUUGGCAGGAUCUGGCGCCGGCUGCCAUCUUCCUGGGAGGACGUGAUGACCUGUAUCUGUACGAAUGGUUAGAACACGGAUGCGGAGGAGCUCUGCAGCCCUUCCUGGUGCACUAUGCAAGAGCCCUCGAGAAGAUGAUAACCAAGCGGUAUGUGCAGGCAAAACCUCCCGCUUACAGAAUAGAAUCAGUGCCAGGAGUGCGUCGGCUGGAGUGGAGCACUCUCGCGGCAGCGAUGUGUCAUGGUGACGAUCCUAGCAAGGCGCUCAAACCGAAGCCCACUCUCCGCGAGGCCUUCCCCGACCUCCAAUCACCGAAUCUCCAGAUCAACUGCGCGGGCAACAUCCGCUUCAAGUUCGCCGGCUGCCGGCCAAUGCUGCUCAAGCCGAAGGUUUCCAGUUUGCCCCAUUCCGUUGACUCGCCCUCGUCGACUGCGAACGGUGGUGCGGCUGGUGGAGCUAGCUCAGACAUCCUCAUUGCCAAGCGAAAGCUCUUCAAGCCGCUGACCAACGUGAAAAGGUUUCCGCCCAUCAGUGGCUAUCACUACCUGAGAAUCUGAACAAGGCUGAGAGAAGUAUUACUAGACUUUCUGGGGGGUCCAGGAGCUGACCUGGGGAUCUCAAUAAAACUGUUCUUUUACUUUA